AGAAUACUUAAGUCAGGUUUUUGAGAUCUUGAACGUUUAAGGUUAAGUUUUCCAUUUUUAAAUAUUUAUAACACGUGUUUUAUAGACUUAAAACGUAAAGAAUAAUAUUUACAAAUAUUUUUACAAAAUAUAAUAUAUAUAUAUAUAUAUACUUAAUAUAUAUAUAUAAACUUAAUUUAUACGAAGAUAAGAUGGCAAAAUCAAUCCGAAGUAAAUGGAAAAGAAAAUGUAGAGCAAUUAAAAGGGAACGUUAUGGAGCAAAAGAAUUAGAAAGAUUAAAAAAAACGUUGGGUAUUAAUGAAAAUACACAAGAUGUUGAAAUGCCAGAUAUAUCAAAUAUUGCUACAAUUGUUGAUGCUAAAACAAUAAAAGAAAAUACAAAAACAAAUGAUAAUAUAACAAAUGUUGAAGAAAUGGAUAUCGACAAUGGUAGUAGAGUAUAUAAUAAGAAAACAAUGCUAGAUCAAUAUGGAAAUUACCCAAUAUGGAUGAGUAAACGAAAAAUUGCAAAACACAAAAAAGGUAGAGCAAAAUCACAGAAAGCAAACUCAAGAUCACACAAAAGAUUAACUAGGAAACAAAAAAAAGCAGCAAAACAAAAAUCUUCCAUGUGAAAUUAAUUAAUUAUACCAAUCAAUAUAAUUUUUUUAUAUAAAUCAUAA